UUAUUAAAUUUAUUAUUCAAGAUAACAAGAUUUCAAAUUAUUUAUCAAAACUUUUGUUAAUUUAACAAUUAAACAUGGAAGCGACUCAAACGGAGUUAAUGGAAACAAAAGAAAUAAUAUUACGAGAAUUGGAACCAUUGUUAAGAUUAACUUUAGGUGAUAAAUUGAUUGUUGAAAAUUACACAACCACAUCUUUUUUACCGCCUGGAGAAAAUUAUGGGAGUACUAUUUUGGCUGUGGAUGCUGUAAUUAAAAAAGAAGGAAACAGUGAACGUCAAAAUCUUCAUAUGAUUGCAAAAAUGGCCCCUCCAACCGAAUUUCAAAGACGAGUUUUUAAAAGUUCUUACACAUUUAAAAAAGAAGCAUUUAUGUAUGAACGCCUAAUACCCUAUUAUAGAGAUUUAGAAAGAGACUUUGGUAUUGAUGAAAGUGAAUUAAUCGAUGUUAUUCCCAAAUUUUAUGGUUUCCGUUUAUCUCUAGAUCCUAAUAUUGACUUUGAUGAUAACGCUGUUAUUUUAUUAGAGAAUCUUAAAACACGUGGUUAUUAUACUGGUAAAAGACAUUUAGGCCUCAAUGUAGAUCAUUCUAGGCUAGCAAUUCGUACAUUAGCUAGAUUCCAUGCCCUUGGUAUCGCAAUGAAACAUAACAAACCUGAUGAAUAUGACAUAAUAAGAGAAGGAAGUAAAUGUCCUGAACUAGAAAAAGAUGGAUUUACCGAGUUUCAUAUACCUAUAUUAAAACAAAUUGACAACAAUCCAGUUACUCGAGUUUAUUACGAUAGAUGUGCUGCAGUAUUAAAGUCCGACAAAUUUUUCGACGAAUGGUUGGCUGAACCAAAAGGAACAUGGGCUACAAUAAUCCACAAAGAUUUUUGGGUCAACAAUAUGAUGUUUCAUAGCGAUGAAAAUGGUCACGCGGAUGACGUGAAAUUCAUCGAUUUUCAAAAUUACAUGUAUUCCAAUCCGAUCGGAGAGUUAUUGUUUUUUUUACAUUCAAGUACAGACGACGAUGUUAGGGAACAUUAUCUUGAUGAAUUAACCGAUUUAUAUUACGAUACUUUUAUUUCCGUAUUAAUUAAAAUGAACUGUGAUAUCACACCAUACAAUCGUAAAGGUUUUGACGAGGGUUUUUUCGAUAUUUGCAAGAUGGAGUUUAUACACUUAUGUUUCAUGCUCAAAAUGCUAACUAUCGAUAUAAGUAAAACCAAUGUAGAUAAUUCUAAUAUUGAAAAGGUAAUGGCAAACUAUGAAGGUAACGAAAUGUUUAUUAAAAGAUUAGAAGGUGUAAUAUUAUAUUUUAUAAAACGCGAUUGGAUUUAGUUGAAAUUUUAU